AUGGACAAGGUCAACGUUUCGGGGUUGAAGGGGCUGCGGAAUGGGAUGAUAACAUUCGUCAAGGAGCACGUCGCUCUCAAACGGUCGGGCCAUGUCGGAGUUGCUGCCGACGCCUGUGACGACGACGGCGAGGAGGCCCCUUCGGCAUCCAAAGCAGUAGGUGUCGCCUACACCGUCGAUGAUGCGCGUGGGACUUCGAUCGGAGAGCCCGGAGGCGGCGUCGACAAGGAAGAUGAGGAGGCGGGAAGGGCGGUGACUAGGACCGCGGAGAAGCACCAGGAUGAUAACGAGGAUCAGGAAGAGGUCGAUGAGGAUCGUGAGGAGGAGGAGGAGGAGGAGGAGGAGGCGGAGAAGCAGCAAGAGGGGGAGCAGGAGGAAGAGGUCGAGUGGGAGUUGGAGGAAAUGGAGGUGGAGUACGUAGAGGGAGCGGCGGAAACGGCUGAGAGGUCGGCAGAUGUUGUGAACAAGGGAGGGGAGGAUGCCGACGAGGAGAAAGUCUGCGUGGAGGAGGCUCACGAGGGGGGUGAGAAGGUCGUGGUCGGCGAUGUGGUUGGCGACGCGAAGGAAGUUAUCGACCUCGAGGUCGUUGGAGAAGGGGAUAACGCCGCGGCCACGAAGCAGACGGGCGUGGAAGCGCCUACCGAGACCACCGCAGGGAAGGUCGGGGGGGAGCGGUCUAGGGUGAAGAAGGCGGCGCGCGGUCAUCCCGGUUCCUCCGCAUCUGGUCGGCAGGCACCGCUGGACGUCGUCGAGCAGCUGCGACAGGAGAACAGGCGAUUGACGGCAGAAAAUGCCCGUAUGGAGAAGGCGCUCGAAGAUGAAAGGGGUCGGGUGGACAGGUUUGUGUUGGGGAUGCGGGGACUCCUCGACAAGCUCCAGUCGCUGGCCAACCAGGUCGCCGUCUCCGACCAUAAUGCGGCGAAACGGCUGCUAGAUGCGACGUCGGCCGUGUCGACAACCAUCACGGACAACAUCACCAACCACAUGGACGAAUCAUGGAAGGCGAUGAAGUCCUUCGCCGAAAAGGCGUCGACGUGGUUGGCGGAAAUCGACGGUCCGGAGGGAAGUAUGGCAGUUGAACGCGCAAAAGCGGUCACCGCCUUGGGCAACCACGUGGAAGCGGUGGUGGACGAUGCGAAGCUGGGUUUGGAGGACUUCAUCUCAAAGCACCUAGCCGCCGCGCAGACCAACAUUGCCGCCGCAGUAACUCGCACCAUCGCCGUGCCGCUGCCGCCCCCGCCGCAACCCACGCCAGCCUUCCCGGACGAGCUCAUGAAGUCGUUCAAGGCGGACGUGUUGAAGGCGGUGACGGAGGCCACCCAACAGUCGUUUGUUGCGUCCGGGUUAAAGCUCAUGACCGAGGUGAUCGGCAAUGUGGCGGCUGGUCGGCGUGCGUCGUCGCCGUCGGCCAAUGACGCCGAUCCCGCGCAACGAAGGGAGGCAGAGCAGGGCCGGAAAAGGGCGGGCGGCGGAGAUGAUGCGGGGAGCGUGAAGCGGAGCAAGGGAGCCGAUGGGAGCCGCGGCGUCGGCGCGGUGGGUCCAGGCGGCUCGCGGACUCGAGGUCAGAGCGUGGUCGACCAGCUCAAGAAGAACGGGGCCAAGGUGAUAAGGUCGCACAACAAGGGCGAUGGAAUCGGGAGUGAAGAUGGGGGCCAUGCCGACGAGGUUGCCGCACAAGACGCUGGACCAACAGCCUCGCCCCUGGUCGCCGAGAAGCCCCAUGGUCUGGUGAGCGGCGGGAAAGGCUUGAGCGACAAGGAGAUCCCAACCGCUCAAACGGCGAGAGAUGGCGGCGCCAGAACCGUCAAGGGACCGUCUGUCGGGGUGGCGGGGACCACGUCGAUUCCCCGUAAACCCCCUGCGGCUAGCAGCGCGCCGGUCGGCCCGUCAGCCGCCAACAACGAUGGGCCGGCCCUUGCGGCUACUCCAGCUCCAGCAGGCCCGUCUGCCGCCAAGGGCGACGCGAAGGAUGCUGCGGCUAACCGCGACGGUCCGUCCGCCACUAAGGUGCCCGCAGCGGCGAACGCACUCAGGGAAAUGCUCCACCGCAUGGAGGCCCAUCGCAAGGACGUGCAGCAACCUCCCUUGGUCGAUGCCGCCCCCGCCGAAGCAGCACGUCGCUCGGCCACUCCGCAGGUCGCCGCCACAACGCCCAGUGCCCCACAUACCGCGCCUCUGGUCGCCGCCCAUCCUACUGCGGACCCAAAGUCCGCAUUGCUUCGCGCUCGGUUAGGCGCACGUAGUGCGGCAGCGCCAGCACAGACUCGGCCGGAAGCCGGCUCAAGCGCGACGCCGACGUUGGUAAACGAGGCGGCGGAGAAGGGCGUGAGGGCAGCGCUAGCCACCGGCAGCGGAGCCGUUGACCAUGCACAGGCGUCGAUAGGCCACAACGACGCCGACAUCGCUGCCAUCCAGAACCUGUUGGAAUCGGUAAAACGCCCCGGGCACCCCGCUGCUUUGGCCAUCUCGGACACGGCGCAUGUGGAGCCCUCGGCAAGUCCCCCCGCUGGUUCAGCGGAGCCAAAGACGACCAUUGAUGCUGUCGGCGAGGGAGAGUCGAAACGGAAGGGGAAGGCCGACACAGGGAAAGGGAGGGCGAGCUCUCAGAGGAAAACACGGGCGAUGCUGGCCGAGACAGGGAGGGAUAAGGCGAAGGAGAAGUCGGUGGAGAAAGGGAAGGAGAAGGCGGAGGAGAAGGAGGAGGAGGAGGAGGAGAAGGAGAAGGAGAAGGAGAAGGAGAAGGAGAAGGAGAAGGAGAAGGAGGAGAAGGAGAAGGAGAAAGGACGGAAGGGUCAUGGCAUUCGCCACGACAACUCGGGCGACGGUCUAGGGUGGGUGGGCGAGAUUAAGGUGCUCGGCGCUAAUCGAUACAUCGGCAAGUCGCGCGAGAAGAUGGAGCUGGCAUACCUGCACUCGAUUGCGUACAUCGUCUACGACGGUUACGUCAGCAAGGUCCUCAUGGCCGAGCUCACCGGCUUGGAGGAAACCGAGUUGGAGAAGUGGAGGAAGGUGUGGGAGGAGGUCAAGAUUUUGCCGACAAGGAUGUGGACGGUGAUAUGGGCACGGGGCGCGUACCUUCCAAAAACACGGUUCGAUGACAUUCUUGGCCAGUAUCGAGCGUACAAGAGCUCAGGCGAUGCGCACCACGACGCGCUCUUGCCGGCGAUCUGGUUCCCCGUCGAUGCCGUCACGAAGGAAGGCAAGGAGAAGUCGGAUGCUAUGAUGUCGGCCAUGAUAGUUCGCGUGUCCAUGUGCGCUGCGUAUGGGAAGGUCGCUGCGAGCGCGGCGAGGAAGGAGGGAGACACUGAUGAGAAGACGGCGAUGGCGGCACAUGCGUUAUCGGCCUCCGCUUGCGCCGUGUGGUGCUUAGUCGAGAACGACGACGCCCAGGUGGUCGAUGCUGUGGGCAAAGGAAAGGCGGCGGCGAUGGUGGUCGGUGCGAGCGAGAAGACCGCCGGUGUCUUCAAGGAGGUCAUGCAGGCGGUGCUGGAGGCCGAGAUCGACAGGGAGCAACCCCUCGGGGAGGUUGCGCACAACGUCGCGCCGACGCUGCAGAGUCUCGCUCUGCAUCGGGUCUACCCGGGGGUGGAUCAUGAAGUCGAAGCCGACGUGAUUGCUAGAGCGACGGUGGAGACAUUGGCGUUCUGGGGAAUGUGCCCCGUCGCCAGGCUGAAACUCGAAAAGAUCGGCAUCGUGGUGCCGUGUGACGCGCAGAUGGAGUACGACAUUGAACACAGGGGGAGGAAGGGGCAGAGAGGCAAGCAGGGCAAGGACAGCACAGGGAAGAAGGGGAAGAAGGGCAGGAAGGGCAAGGACAGCACUGUGGCGUAG